AUGUCUCGUCCGUCUUCGGGACCACCUUCGCCGUCAGGGCGCAUAGAGAACGGAAAUAUGGGUUUCUUCUCGUUGCCGUUCGAAAAGUUCAUACGCGAUGGCGAGGGCCAGGAUCUUAAUGCGUUUACUCUUCUCGAUACUCUGGAGACAUACUUUGACGCGCGGAUCGACCUGAUCUCUCGCGACCUCGCCAAGCGGACCGAUCAACUCAAGAUGCGCACCGACAAGCUCAAGAAGCGCGCCGAGUCCGCUUUUGACGAUUUCAGGCGGGGACAGAUGAAGACGCCGACGCCUGAGAUGCUGAGCGAGAACUUCGACAAGGAGGUGCAGAGGUUGCGCGUAAAGGCGUCGGAAAGACUGGCCAGGAUAUCGACGGCAUGGCAGAGUGCAAAGGUUGUCAGGAUGCGCGAGAAGAUCAGUUUCUUCUACGGCGUCAACUUGUUGCUGUUCACCGCACUGUUAUUCGGAUGCGCACCAGAAUACCUGCACAUAUCAUACACCGUGCAACUUUUCUACAUGAUACCCUACCGUUUCUGGGCAUACAAGCGACAAAACUGGCACUACUUCCUCUUCGACCUCUGCUACUACGUCAACGUCCUCAACAUCAUCUACCUCUGGAUUGCACCCGGCUCUUCGGCACUGUUCUUGGCAUGUUAUUGCUUGAGUCAUGGGAGUCUAGCCAGCGCGAUUAUCACUUGGAGAAACAGUUUGGUGUUUCAUGACCACGACAAGGUCACGAGCAUGUUCAUACACUUCUAUCCACCGCUGGUGUUUACGGUCAUCCGCCACUUCUAUCCUGGAGCGGAACAACGGUUCCCCGCUUUGAACGACCUCCCCACAAUGCACGCAACGAAAGCGCUCGCGAUCAGCUCGGUCCUGUACUUUGUAUGGCAAGCGCUGUAUUGGAAGCUCAUCUUGAUCGACCGGAGGAAAAAGAUCGAGUCUGGUCAACGCACGACCUCAUUGACCUUCCUGCUGAACCAUCAACGCGGUGCGAUUGGCAAAAUCCUCGCGAAGGUCAAACCCGAACGGAGAGAGCUGUACUUCAUGUUCGGCCAGUUCAUCUACGCCGUCCUGACCGAAGUCCCCUGCAUCUUCCUGCUCUACGACUCGGCCUUCUCAUCGGCAGCCUACCUCAUCAUCAUCUUCUCCGUCUCCGUAUGGAACGGCGCGGGCUUCUACAUCGAAGUGUUCGGGCGCAAGUUCGAGCGCGAACUCGAGGCGCUACGGAAAGAGCUGGCGGAGGCGAACUCGGCGCUGGCGAGUCAACGGACGAGCCCGACGUUGGAUCCUACGACGGAUGUCGAGGAUCUGAGCACGCCGCCGAGCCCGGUGCUUGGUGGGAAAGCCAACUUCGGCAAGUUCGAGGACAGUACGGAUACGGUGCCCAAUCCGAGUGGAGUUGGCGCUGUUCACACGGAGGAGAAGAAGAACCAAUAG